UCCCCGACUCGGGCCGAGAUCGAGAGUCAAUCAACCGAUCUUGAACUUUGGAACCAACUUUUCUUUAUUAAUUUAUCUUCAUUUGAUUUAUAGGCGCGACUGGUAGACCACAUAGCCCUCACAGGGUUUGUUUGGUAAGAAGUUUUAAUCACCAUAGCCCAAGAUGAUGCAGUUCGGCAUAAUUGCAAGGAACUUCUCAAGUUCGUCGGCUGUACAAAGUGCAGUUAAGAAUGUGACCGUCAUUGGCGGCGGUUUAAUGGGAUCCGGCAUCGCUCAGGUUGCUGCUCAAGCUGGCCAGAAUGUGACUCUCGUAGAUGUGAGCUCUGAUGUCCUCGCGAAGGCUCAGAAGUCCAUUGGUGGAAACCUUGGCCGCGUUGCCAAGAAAACGUUCAAGGAUGAUGCUGCCGCUGGUGAGAAGUUCGUCAAAGAGUCCCUUGGCCGCAUCAAGGCCUCCACAGAUCCGGUGGAGGGUGCGAAGAACGCUGACCUAGUUGUAGAAGCCAUUGUGGAGAACAUGGAAGUGAAACAUAAGCUGUUCAAGCAACUGGACCAGGCAGCACCCGCCCACACCAUUUUGGCGUCCAACACAUCUUCGCUCUCUAUCAAUGAGAUCGCCGCCGCCGUGAAGAGGAAAGACAAAUUCGGCGGCCUCCAUUUCUUCAACCCCGUCCCCGUCAUGCGACUGCUCGAAGUGGUCCGGGGCGACGCCACCUCCGACGGCACCUACCAGACCAUGAUGGAGUGGGGCAAGGCCGUCGGCAAGACCUGCAUCACCUGCAAGGACACUCCUGGGUUCGUGGUCAACCGGCUGCUUGUGCCAUACAUCGCUGAGGCCAUCAGGCUGUACCAGAGAGGCGACGCCUCAGCCAAAGACAUAGACAUCGCCAUGAAGUUGGGCGCCGGAUAUCCGAUGGGUCCCCUCGAGCUCGCCGACUACGUGGGCCUCGACACCAACAAGUUCAUCCUCGACGGUUGGCACAAGAAGUACCCCAAGGAAACGCUCUUCAACCCUAUCCCUGCGUUGGACAAGAUGGUGGCGAAGGGCAGGUUGGGGGUUAAGAGCGGAGAGGGAUUCUAUAAGUACGAUAAGAAAUGAGGCUGCUUAUAAAAGUUAUAACAGGCUUAGCCAAAGUGGCAAAUGCGGGCGUAGCACACUAGCGUGAUAAACUUUAUUGCAUCGGUGCGUCCUUACGAAUAGUGCAAAAAGGCGGUUUGUGAUAAAUUUUAUCAGUCUUAUCGCGCUGUGUGCUAGGCCCGCUGAUCACACUACGUAGCGUAUUAUUCUUUCUCUAUCGCUCUUUCAUAUUGGUAGACAGAGCCAGUUGCGUUUAGAUUGUCAUUUCGGCUAAGCCAGUAAACUGUAAUGUAAUCAUGUUGAGUAUUGUGAAUAGAUUGUAAGAGAAUUUUAUGAGAUCAAUAAAAUAUUGUUUUUAAAUGUU